UCCCGUUUCCCAGCAGCAGAGGGCGCCUCUUGCUCCCGUGUCCAGCCUGCUGGGGCUGGGGAGAAGAGAGGGAGCUAAAGCACGAGCGGCUCCUGCCACGUAUUCCUCCCGGCCGCGGCGGUGAGGCAGGAAGCCGAGGUUAGUGGGUCAGAGAAGAACUCUGGUCUGCCUGGAAUCUCCUGGGUUUUCUGGCUGGGUUUUUUGAAGAACUGAGGGCAAACUAAGGGUCUGAGACUGGAUUUAAAUUUAAGAAGGUCUUCACUCAGAAAGCAGCAAGUCCGAAGCAGGAAGAACUAGACACCUUUCUUAACACCCAGUUCCGGGAACGCUUUCCCAGGGUCCUCCUGGUAAGGAUGAGGCAGCUCAAAGGGAAACCCAAGAAGGAGACUUCAAAAGAUAAGAAGGAGCGGAAGCAGGCCAUGCAGGAGGCACGGCAGCAGAUCACCACCGUCGUGCUGCCCACACUGGCUGUGGUGGUGGUCCUGAUCGUGGUGUUUGUCUAUGUUGCCACGCGCCCCACCACCACUGAAUGAGCCAUGCCCCACCCCACCUCAGGACUGGAGAGGGGACUAGAUCAGUAGAGAAAAAGGAGGCAGAGAAGAAAAGCCAAAAAGAAAAAAAAAAGAUUGCUUCCAAUUUCAGAGACUUUAUUGAUACUGAGCCUGAAGCUCCCUAUGUUCUCUGGCCUUGGGCUUGAUUAAAGUUUCUCAGUUCUCUUGGAAUGUAAUAGGAAAUGUAUUAUCAGUGAAUGUGCCAUACACUUUAUGGUCCACUUCAUGUGCCUUUCAGACUUAAAAAAGGGGUGUUUCUUUCUAAAAGCGAUGUAUAUGUAGCUCCACCUGGAGAAGGGAGAAAUCUGCCGUGCCAUCAAUCUGUAUGAAUGAAUCAGCUUCCACUCAUCCCUGUCACCUAGAGCAUAAUCUUUCAUACAUGCGCUUCACCACUUCCAAAGGGACUGUAAGUCUCUGUGCUUCAUGUGAUUUGAAAUAUAUCAACUCAAAGGUGAAAUAUUUAUUUUUGGAAUAAAGGAGAUUAUAGCCUUAAA